CCGAUAUUUACUUGCUCCACAUCAUCUAUACAUACUAUGAAUCUGUAAUAUAAUGUGCUCGAAAAAUACAUGUGCCUUGUCUGCAGUUGGUCACAUGCAGUCGGAAAAUAAGAAUUUACAUUUUUAGUCAUCGCAGAAGGACACACUCUGAGCUUCUGAUAUAAAGCAUCCUCACACGGAUCCGACAGGGAGAAUGAGGGCUCAAGUAAAUUGGCGAUUGCUUCGGCGCCGAAAAAGCCAAGCGGUAGCACGGUGUGUGGCGGGAUGCGUCGGCGCAGCACGCCUGUCGAGCUGAACAGUCCAUGGAGCCCAUAUUGAGCCCGAUCUGGCCCUGGGCCGCAUGCGGCAGAUGCAUCCGCCCCGCGCACCUGGCGCCUGCCGUGGACGUCGAGGGGCCAUCUGUCACGCGCAGAGGAUCUCCGUCGCCAGGAAUUGAGCUGGAGAGUCCAUGGAGCCCAUAUUGAGCAGGGGCGGGGCCCGAUCUGGCCCUGGGCCGCAUGCGGCAGAUGCAUCCGCCCCGCCGCACCUGGCGGCUGCCGUGGACGUCGAGGGGCCAUCGGUCAUGCGCAGAGGUCGUCCGUUCCCGGGAACUGAGCUGCAGGGUCUAUGGAACCGAUAUUGAGCAGGGCGGGGCCCGAUCUGGCCCUGGGCCGCAUGCGGCAGAUGCAUCCGCCCCGCGCACCCGGCGCCUGCCGUGGACGU